CAACAUCCCGUCACUUAAUCGUUCACGUUUUUCAUAGUUAUUGCUAAAUUUACUUUGAUUACGAUGAUCCUAUCAUCUAAUUGAAAUUAUAAAUAUAUAUUGUAUACGAACGGGUGUGAUCAGACAAGAUGAACAGUAAAAAUAUAACCCUUUUAGUUAUCGCCGGCUUCUUAUUGUUUUACGUCGGCGUGUCGGCACAGCCUUUUUCUGCAGAGAAGAUCGUCGUCGGUGCAAUCUUCGAUCAAAACACGGAAGAGAUACAGAAUGUCUUCAAAUACGCGUUGACGGUCCACAACCAGAACAUAAGUAGCAAGAGAUUGGAACUUCAGGCGUAUGUUGACGUCAUUAAUACAGCUGAUGCAUUCAAAUUGUCACGACUCAUUUGUAACCAAUUCGCUCGAGGUGUGUUCGCGAUGCUGGGAGCAGUGACACCUGAAUCUUUUGACACGUUGCAUUCGUAUACUAAUACAUUCCAAAUGCCUUUCGUCACGCCGUGGUUUCCUGAGAAGGUAAUACCACCAUCGUCAGGGUUAAUAGACCACGCUGUUAGUAUGAGACCUGAUUAUCACAAAGCUGUUGUCGACACCAUUUUAUACUACGGAUGGAAGGAAAUUAUUUACAUGUAUGACUCACAUGAUGGUUUGCUUCGGUUGCAACAACUGUACCAGACCAUGCAGCCGGGACGCACAACGUUCCGAAUAUCGCUCGUGAAACGAAUUAAUAACGCAUCAGAUGCAAUGGAAUUUCUGUUGAGUUUGGAACAGUAUGACCGAUGGAGCAAUAAACGCAUAGUUCUCGAUUGUAACGCGAAAAAUGCGAAAAACAUACUAGUGGAGCAUGUACGAAAAGUACAAUUGGGCCGUAGAACCUACCACUACAUGCUCAGUGGGCUGGUUAUGGACGAUCAUUGGGAGAAUGAAGUAACGGAAUACGGUGCAGUUAACAUCACGGGUUUCAGAAUUGUGGAUCAUUCACGUAAGAUCGUGCGAGAUUUUAUGGACGGUUUGCGAAGAAUGGACCCCCGUUUCAAGGGGACUAUAUCGGCGCAAACGGCACUAAUGUACGAUGGUGUACAAGUGUUGAUGGACGCACUUGGUAGACUCAUGAGGAAGAAACCCGAUGCGUUUAGAACUGCGUUACGACGUGCUGCAGCACAAGCGAAUUUAACCAAAGUUAUUGACUGCAAUCCUAGUAAGAGUUGGGUUAUACCUUUUGAACAUGGUGAUAAAAUAACAAGAUUGAUAAAAAAGACGGAUAUUGAGGGUCUUACGGGAAACAUUUCAUUUGACGAAGAAGGCCACAGAUAUAAUUUUACUUUGCAAGUUGUGGAAAUGACUGUCGAAAGCGCUAUGAUCCAGGUAGCCACAUGGACGGACAAGCAAGGUCUUACGCUAGUAUCCCCAAAGUAUAUUCAACUUCAUUCACCGUCUUCUCUAGACCCGAAUAAAACGUACAUCGUAACAACAAUCUUACAAGAACCAUACAUGAUGCAGAAGCAUGAUACAAUUGGUUACAGUCGCAAAGAAGAUCAGUUGCACGGAUUUUGUAAAGAUUUGUUUGACUUAAUCGCAAAGAGACUGAAAAUAAAAUAUGAACUUCGUCUCGUGAAGGAGAACAAAAGUGGUAGCAAUACCAAUUCUGAUGCUUGGUCCGGGUUGAUGUCGGAAGUUGUUAAAAAGGAAGCGGAUUUAGCAGUGGCUCCGUUAGCGGUUACAAUAGAAAGAGAAAAGUUGGUUGAUUUUAGUGAACCUUUUCUUUCAAUCGACAAUCCUGUCGUUCAUACAAGAGCCUCAAAGCAACUUGCUGAUACGUUCAGUUUUCUAAAACCACUAUCAAAGGAGAUAUGGCUGUGCAUACUCUUCAGCUUUUUCGCAGUAAGCAUCGUAUUAUUCUUGGUAUCGAGAUUUUCACCGCAUGAAUGGCGGUCCGUAUCUAUUUCGGAUACGCGUAUUGAACAACCACUAUCAAGCACUAAUGAGAUAAUAUUGCACAACGAAUUCAGCAUUUGGAAUUCUUUCUGGUUCUCCCUCGGAUCGUUUAUGCAACAAGGCAGCGACGUGGUACCAAGGUCCCUAUCAGGCAGAAUCGUUGGUACAGUAUGGUGGUUCUUUGCCCUCAUCCUCGUGUGCUCGUACACCGCCAAUCUUGCUGCUUAUCUUAUCGUGGAACGUAUUGCGGAACCCACUCAAGCUUUACAAUACGCAUCGAAAGUCCAUACCGAAAAUUAUCUAUCAACUUUAUACACAUUAGUGAACGAUCCAGUUCUUAUUCCAAAGGAUGAUACUUUCCUUCAACCAAAUGACAACGUUAACAGUCAAAAUUGUAACACGUUGACUCGUGUAUGCCGAUAUAGACAUGUGAAUUUUGCCAUCGCCAUGCCUAAAGGAUCACCAUUGAGAGAAGGUAUAAAUCUUGCAAUUGUAAACAUGAAACGGGAGGGAGUUAUCACGAAACUGUGGCAGAAAUGGAUAACCAUGAACGACAAACCGGAAUGUGAAAAUGUUAAAAAUGAGGAAAGCGCAGUGACUGAAAUGACUCUAAGUCAAGUUGCGGGCAUAUUCUACGUGCUUGUUGGUGGAUUGGCGUUAGCUCUGACUGUAGCAUUAUUGGAGUUCUGCCAACAUGGUCGGGCGGAAGCGGCUCGAGCUAAUGUGACUCUCCGCGCUGCGCUAAGAGCCAAGGCAAGGCUAGCGUCUCGAUCACAGCAUAAGACACCGCCACAACGAACACCGCAGCGAGAACACGAUCGUCUGGGAUGGAAUGGAUCUGCAUUUGCUGGGUAUUUUGCGACUGGCAACCAGAUCUCUCAAGAGGAAGCUGUGCAUGCCAGUUUCACUCACGUCUGAUCCGGGGAGAAGGGUGGCGUA